CAAAAGUAGUGUGUACAUGAAAAUAUGAGGCCGUAAAGCUGCUUUUCACAGUGUUUGCGUUCUGAAAAGUUAACGUUUUUGCAAAACCCGACAGCAUGUUCAGAAAUACAUUUCAAAGCGGUUUUAUGUCCGUUUUGUACAGCGUGGGCAGCAAACCCUUAAAACUAUGGUCAACAGAGGUUCACAACGGCCACAUCAAACGAAUUACGGAUGCGGACGUGCAAAGCCUUGUUUUGGAGCUGCUGAGCAGUAACGUAAGCACAACGUGGAUAACAUGCCCUCCAGAAAAGAAACAGGUUUUGGCGAUCAAGCUGCCGUUUUUGGUCAUGAUUGUCAAAAAUCUGAAGAAAUAUUUUACGUUUGAAAUUCAGGUUAUCGAUGACAAAAACGUACGGAGACGUUUUCGUGCUAGCAACUACCAAACCGCCACCCGGGUAAAGCCAUUCAUAUGUACGAUGCCCUUGCGACUAGAUGAUGGAUGGAACCAAGUCCAGUUUAAUUUGUCGGAUUUCGUUCGAAGAGCAUAUGGAACAAACUAUGUGGAAACUCUUAGGAUAACUGUCCACGCCAACUGCCGCCUUCGCCGUAUCUAUUUCGCAGACCGGUUGUAUUCAGAAGAGGAAGUGCCACAUGAAUUUAAGUUAUAUGUUCCAGUUCGACGACAGCCAGAUUACGUCACACAGAACCAAGCGCAACCGACCGCUCCUCCCCCCGAACCCCACGCGCCUGCUCAAGCUCAACCGACUAACCUUUGACCACUCAGUUUUAUUAUCAUAAAUACUCGUACAAGUACCGUAUAUUGUGGUAUUUCUGGCAGGCGUUACGCUUGUGCGAAUAUUUAUUGAAGGAAAACGAAUUUAGUUUGCAACCCUAUCAAAUGUUAAGUGCGGGCGUUUCAAUUUAUUUACCUCAAAGAUAUAAUAAUGCUAUAUAAAAACACUGUUCUUAAAGAAAUUUCAGAUCCUAAAGCUUUUAAUUAGCUUGUGUGUUUUUGUGCUGCCGACAGAUAGAAAGCGUAAAAAUUAAUACAAAAGUUCUAUCCAGA